AUGGAUCCAUCAAUUAUUGCACAGUUCAUGGAUAUUCUUCGUGUCAAUCCAUAUUGUACAUUUUUUCGUUCUCUUGGAGAUCUACCAAGUUUGGAAUAUCAAAAAAUACGCAUCAGAUUUGAUCCUGGUUUAGAUCAACGAGUAUACAAUGCUCCUACAUCAUCAGAAGUUGCAGCAAUUUGGGUUAAAGAUGACACUCUAGAGCAAGUAACACCUCGUGACAUCUUUGUUUAUAACCAUGUUGGUGGAAGUCACAUAGUUCAAUAUUAUUUUGGAUCUUAUGAUCCACUUCAAUAUCCACUGUUAUUUCCUUUUGGCGAUAUUGGAUGGCAUCAAGUGUUGAGGAGAAACAGAAAAGAUCCAUUUGUUUCAUGCCGUGAAUACUAUUGUUAUAAAUUACAAAUCAGAGAAGAUGUGAAUUCAAUUCUUCUACUGUCUGGUCGAUUGUUUCAACAAUUUGUUGUCGAUACAUAUAUUAAAAUUGAAACAUCAAGAUUAGAUUAUUUUCGCAGAAAUCAACAACAUAUUCGAUCUGAAUUGUAUCAAGGCAUUGUGGACAGUAUCAGUGUUGGAGAAACAAAUGCUUCUAGAAUUGGAAAACGCUUGAUUCUACCAUCAUCUUUUAUUGGAGGUCCAAGAGAUAUGCAAAAAAGAUACAUGGAAGCAAUGACUUUAGUUCAACGGUAUGGAAAACCAGAUAUCUUUCUAACAAUUAUAUGCAAUCCAAAUUGGAAAGAAAUCUCAGCAGAGUUGAAACCACAUGAAGAGACUCAAAAUCGUCCUGAUUUAAUAGCUCGAAUCUUCAGAGCAAAAUUAGAAGAAUUGAAGCAUCAACUAUUCAAACGAGAGAUAUUUGAAAAAGUUUCAGCGUAUGUUUAUGUCAUUGAACAUCAGAAAAGAGGACUUCCGCAUGCACAUUUUUUGAUCAUCUUACAUCGAGAUUGGAAAUUAUAUGCACCAGAAUCUUUUGAUCAGAUUGUUUCUGCAGAAUUACCUGACAAAGACAAGAAUUUGCAUCUAUAUACAGAUGUUAUAAAACAUAUGAUGCAUGGACCGUGUGGAGCCUUGAAUCCAACAAAUGUGUGCAUGAAAAAGAAUGGUCAUUGCAAGAAUAAUUAUCCAAGACAUUUCGUGCCAAACACAACCAUUGGGAAUGAUUGUUUUCCAAUAUAUAAACGAUCUGAUGAUGGAAGAACUGUGAAAAUUAGAGGUCAUGAUUUAGAUAAUCGUAGGGUUGUUCCAUACAAUUCUUAUUUGCUUGCAAUGUUUGACUGUCAUAUUAAUGUAGAAACUUGUUCUACAAUAAAGGCAGUUAAAUAUCUUUACAAAUAUAUUUACAAAGGUCAUGACCGUGUUGCCUUUAAUUUGGUUUCUGAACAACCAAAUCAACAAAUUGAUGAAAUUCAACAAUUCCAAUCAGCUCGAUGGAUUGUUCCGCCAGAAGCAAUGUGGAGAAUAUACGGAUUUAUUAUCAAUGAAGUACAUCCAGCAGUUUACAGCUUGCAUUUACAUCUUGAAAAUCAGCACCAAGUAACAUUUCCAGCACAUGAAAACUUGAACAAUGUGAUCAAUUCUGAUCUUUAUGCAAAAUCAAUGUUAACAGAAUUCUUUUCAACAAAUCGAGUUGAUGAAAAUGCCAGAAAGUUGUUGUAUAAAGAAUUUCCAGAAUUUUAUGUUUGGAGUCAACAAUACAAAAUGUGGACAGUUCGAAAGAAACAGAUUGUUAUAGGCCGAAUUGUGACAACAAAUCCUUCUGAAGGUGAAAGAUAUUAUUUGCGAAUUCUAUUAAAUCAUAUAAGAGGUCCUUUAUCAUUUGAUGACCUCAAAACAGUCAAUGGUGUUUUGGUCACUACAUUUCGUGAAGCUGCUACAAUGCAUGGUUUAUUAGAAAGAGAUGACAGUGUAGAAGAAUCUUUACAAGAAGCAUCUCUAUAUCAAAUGCCUUCUAAUUUGCGUCAGCUAUUUGCAACUAUCUUGGUCUACUGUAAUCCAACAAAUCCAAGAUAUCUUUGGGAACAUUUUGAACAAGACAUGUCAUCUGAUUUUCAAUUAACUGAAGAUUCUCAAUCAAAUGUGAGAAUGCAAGUUUUACGCUCCAUCUCCAUGACACUUGAAUCAAUGGGUAGAGACAUUAAUUCAUUCCAACUUCUUGAUCGAAACAUUCAUUUUGAUGAAGAUGAAUUUUUGUCCAGAGAGAUUGAUGAUGAACUAGCUGUUUUUAUUCCAGAAGAAGAUCUCACUGCAUCAACACUACUUAAUCGAGAGCAACAAAUUGUUUACAGUUUGGUUCUAGAAAAGAUUUUCUCAAAUCAAAGUGCUGCAUUUUUUAUAGAUGGGCCUGGCGGAACUGGAAAGACAUUUUUAUACAAGGCACUUCUUGCAACAAUAAGGUCAAGACAUUUAAUUGCUCUUGCAACUGUUUCAUCUGGUGUAGCUGCAUCAAUUCUACCUGGAGGUCGAACAACACAUUCACGAUUUAAAAUACCUCUAGACAAUAACAAAAAUUCCAUAUGCAGUGUUAGCAAACAAAGUGGACUCGCAAAACUGUUACAAAUAACAAAAUUGAUUAUAUGGGAUGAAGCUCCUAUGUCAAGAAAAGAAGCAAUAGAAGCAUUAGACAGAAUGUUGAAAGAUGUCAAUAAUUCAGAACUAUCUUUUGGUGGAAAAGUUGUUAUAUUUGGAGGAGAUUUUCGCCAAAUUUUACCUGUUGUUCCAAAAGGAACAAGACAGCAACAAAUUGACGCUAGCUUGGUUUCUUCUUAUCUAUGGCCCACAUUAAAAAAAAUUCGUCUAACUGAAAAUAUGCGCGCAAGAUUGGAUCCAGAUUUUUCAAACUAUAUAUUGGAAUUAGGCAAUGGAAUGCCACCAAUUACAAUCGAUGAACAUGUCAAAAUUCUUACAGCCAUGUUAAUUCCAUAUCAGAAUGAUACUGCUUCUUUGGAUCAAUUAUUAGAUACUGUUUUUAAUGAUAUUUCAGAAUAUUCGACAAAUAUUUCAAGCAUGAUGAACCGUGCCAUAUUGACACCGAAGAACAGUUAUGUAGAUGAGAUAAACAAUUUGUUGAUACAGAGAUUUCCAGGAGAUAUCAUCAACUAUUACAGUUUUGAUGAAACAAUUGAUGCAUCUGAACAAGCAAUCAUGGAAGAUUUCUUAAAUACAUUGACUCCAAAUGGAUUCCCUCCACAUCAACUAUUGCUCAAAUAG